AUGUCACGAAAGCCAUUACGAAUUUUGCGGCUCAUUCUUAUUAUAGUUUUACUUAUACUAGCAGCUAUCAAUCUUCAUUUAUUUCAAGUUUAUAUAUCAACGCUUUAUAAUGAUGACUGCGAAGAGAUAUUGAAAGCUGUAUUGAAAGAUAAAUACUUGUCAGUUAAAGGAAACCAUGGACGAAUAGGAAAUCAGCUGUGGACCUUUGCUGCUGGAUUGUCUUUCGCGAAAGCACUCAAUAGGACAUUUUACAUUUCAAAAAAUGUAGACAUUCAUGAUAAGAUUAUGAAAGAGAGGAUAAUCACUGAAAGAAUUUUUCCACGUUUGAAGGAUCUGUAUGUGCACAUUAGACCACCUAAAUCAAUGGAGAAAGUCGUUCCACAUAGUCAUUUUUAUGGAAAAGAUGAUUGCUGUAGGUAUCAAGAUCCUCUAGAUCAUGCCAGCGAGACUAGUCCUUUUCUAAUGUUAGACACAUCGUUUACACAGCAUAUUAAGAAUAUUUAUGAGAACAUUGAUGAAUUUAAGAAAUAUUUAGAAUUCAAUUCUCAAAUAAAGAUCAAGGGACGCAGAUACAUGGAUGCCAAUGCGUUACGAUCGUCGGAUGGAAUACUUUGUGCACAUAUAAGAAUGACGGAUUUCGUACGAAUAAAUCGGACAGUUCCUCGAGAAGUGUUGCUUGCACUCACUGAGUAUGUUCUAGUUAAAGAAAAAAAAAAGAAAAUUCUUCUGUUUGGUGAUGAUAGAUCUUUCUUACAUGAAAUGCUGCAUGCCCUGACGAAAAAGGGGAAGAUUGAGACUGGCAUCGUUAGUGACAAUGAGAGCGGUGUGGAUCUCUUCUUAGCCAGCGAAGUGUGUUCUUCAUAUCUUAUAACUCAUCAAUCAACAACAUUUGGGUUCUGGUCAGCGUUUUUGACAAAAAAUUGGAAAAGUGUAUACUUCUAUUAUGUGCCAUAUCAGGAACCAACUCUGUACCGAUCAGAUUUUCUAUUGCCUUGGAAUGCCAUUGGUUACUCAGGUAACCAAGUUGCUCCUAUCACUCUCGUCAAUUGA